UUUUCCUCGUUCCCAGUGACUUACAAAUGAACAAGGACAACUAGGUUAAUAGAAUAUGAGCUGCUGUUACACAGUGAUGGCCUUAACAAAUAAGAUGAGAAAGUGACUCAGGCAGAUUUUAGGUGAAGUUUGAACAACUUCAGUCUAUUUAUAGAUUGGCUCAAUUCAUUCAAGUUCAAUUCAUCCAUGGCUCCCCCAACUCCAAAACUUAUCAUAUCCAUAGACCUGAAGAAGAAGCCUUGUGAACAAGCACUACCUCUUCACAACAGGUGGCAUCCAGAAAUACCACCAGUUGCAGAGGUUAAGACCGGUGAGAUGUUCAGGGUAGAGAUGGUAGACUGGACAGGUGGUGCAAUUAAAGAUAAUAAUUCUGCAACUGAUGUAAAAUAUGCAGAUCUAUCAACUGGGCACUACCUUAGUGGUCCGAUAAGAGUUGUGGAUAAGGAGGGGACACCAGCUAAGCCAGGUGAUCUUCUAGCAGUUGAAAUAUGCAACUUGGGUCCUCUGCUCGGAGAUGAAUGGGGUUAUACAGCAAUAUUUGAUAGAGAAAAUGGCGGGGGUUUUCUAACUGAUCACUUCCCCUGUGCAACCAAAGCCAUUUGGUAUUUUGAAGGAAUAUAUGCUUACUCUCCUCAUAUACCAGGGGUGCGGUUUCCAGGUUUGACUCACCCUGGGGUCAUUGGAACUGCGCCUUCAGCUGAGCUCCUUAACAUUUGGAAUAAGAGGGAAAGAGAGCUUGUAGAAACUGGGCACCAGUCAACAAAAUUAUGUGAGGUGCUGCAUACUCGACCACUGGCACAUCUACCUUCAACAAAAGGAUGCCACCUUGGCAAGAUUCAAGGACAAACUCCUGAAUGGGAAAGGAUAGCUAAUGAGGCAGCUAGGACACUUCCAGGAAGAGAGAAUGGAGGAAACUGUGAUAUCAAAAAUCUUAGCAGGGGUUCUAAGAUAUACCUUCCCGUAUUUGUUGAAGGUGCUAAUUUUAGCACAGGAGACAUGCACUUCUCGCAGGGUGAUGGUGAGGUCUCAUUUUGCGGGGCUAUUGAAAUGAGUGGGUUUUUAGAGCUCAGGUGCGAGAUCAUUAGGGGUGGGAUGAAAGAGUACUUGACUCCAAUGGGACCCACACCUCUUCAUGUAAACCCAAUAUUCGAAAUUGGCCCCGUUGAACCAAGAUUUUCAGAAUGGUUGGUGUUCGAGGGAAUCAGCGUUGAUGAGAGUGGAAGACAACAUUACCUUGAUGCUAGUGUCGCUUAUAAACGAGCAGUACUUAAUGCAAUUGACUACCUAUCUAGAUUUGGGUACACAAAGGAACAGGUCUAUAUUUUACUCUCAUGUUGCCCUUGUGAAGGAAGGAUUUCAGGAAUAGUUGACGCCCCUAAUGCGGUUGCCACUCUUGCUAUCCCCACGGCUAUCUUUGACCAAGAUAUUCGUCCAAAAGCAAGCAAACUGCCUAUUGGGCCCCGCCUCAUUAGGAACUCAAAUAUCCCGCAAUGCACUUAUGAUGGAAAUUUGCCUACCACAAAAAAUCCUUGUGCGUCAACUUAGCUACUGAUGAGGAGAAAAACAAGAAGCAGGUGAUACAUUGAAGAACGUCUCAUAUGUCAAGUUGACAUACAAAAUAAAGUAUAUGGUUGUAUGAUAUUGUCUGUUGCAAAAGAGCCCUCUUUCUGAUUGGUGAUAAACCAGAUGCAUAAUAUAUCAAUGCCCUGGAAAUCAUAAGAACAACAUCACCCUCUGAUAUUUCCUAUUUGGCUAGUUUGUCUUUUAAGAGUUGCUGUGUAUGGACAUAUCUAUGGAGUCUUACAGUCUUAUUGUCAA